CGCAAUUUCAAAAGAGGAAUAUUGUCAAAGUCAGGUGUUAAUUGAUUUCUGUCAAAUUGAAUGCAAAAACGAGAAUGAGAUUAAAUAAUUAAAUUACCUUAGAUUUAAUAAUGUUUUUAUGAUCUUGUAAAGUGUGAAAUAGAAUUCAAAAUGUUCACCUUGGUGGGGCAGCGGGUCUUACAUAAGUGCCUCAAGAUUUUGAGGUUAACUGUUGCAGAUUUUAGCAACUUGCCCGACAUUAAAAAAUUGAAUGCGGUUAGGACUGUCGAAAAGAUAAUAGAUAACAACACAAGCAUCUUCAUCGAAAGUCCUAUUCAUGUAAAGAUCCAGCCAAUCGAUGUGAACGACUUAAAGGCUCACAACAAACUGACCAUGACACUGUACAGCCAAGGCAAACAGACCAGUGACUUCCAAGUGAAACAAACGUCCAAGCGCCUGGAGCUGCUCAACAAGAACACUACGUCCGACAGGAACGACGUCUGCGUCAUCCAGGUUCCUUAUAACUUGAAGGUGCAAGUGACUACAACUGAUUAUGCUUCUGUUCACCUAGCCAAGCUAGAGGGCGAAGAGUUUGUAGUUAAAACGCAGAAAGGAGCAGUGAAUGUUUCCGAUCUUAAAGCUCAGAACAUAGUUGUAGAGAGCAUUGAAGGGGAAGUCAAAUCUGAGGGGAGAUUACAAGCCAGCAGCAUAGAUCUGAAAACUGGCCUUAAUUCUGGAAUCACUUGUAACAAUAUUAUGUCUAAUGGCUUUAAUGUUACGACACAUGCUGGGUCAAUAGUUGUAAAGUCUUGUUACAGUGACAGAUCUCAUUUUACCACAUUAAUGGGCAACCUGAGACUAGACAGUCUGCACAGAUCAGUACUGAUUGAUGUUAUUCAGAAAGGCAACUUACAUAUAACAGGUUUCUCAGGGAACUUGCAGGCUUCUCUCAAAAGCGGAGAAGUAUACAUGCAUGCUUCCCAAUUUACAGACAAGAGCAGUAUUUUCAUACACGAGAAGGGCAAAGUUGAGCUGCUAAUACCGGAUAUACUAAAGAAUUUGCCUGCUACUAAUUUAAUAGCAGAAAAAAUAUUUGUUGAUGAGAAGAUAUUGAAGUUAGGCAGAUUUAUGGAUGAUUCGUAUCCAAAGAGGUUCCGCUUCGAGAAGGAACCACACCACGAGUUGCAUGUAGUUUGUAAGAAUGGCUCAAUUGAGUUGAAGGAAACAGACUUACCAUUUUUUCAGUAGUGUACUUAUCUAUUUGAUAUAAACAUGUACAUUAGGUUAUAUCGGAGUUUAUACUGUGUAUCUUCAUGCAAGUGCUUGUUAAUUUUUUUAAUGAAGUAAACUUUAUUCAUUAUAUUAAAUGUAUUUUUAACAUUGUGAUGUUUUGAUCAUUUUCGUGAUAUCAUAUAUUUAAGUAGUAAUCAAAUAGACAUGAACUUUGAUUCCUUAACAUUUUAAUAUUAUGUUUAUGUAGGAUUUUCACUUAGUGUACAUGCUUAUUGUUGUGUAUUUAGAUUUCUGAUUAGAAAUUGCAAUGUUUAGUUAAAUAUGUACUGUUAUCAUUGUUGUGUCUUCCUUGAACCAUAUAUUAUGAGUAACUAAUUAGAAUGCAUCAUUAAUUGUCACUCAUGUUGAUCAUAAGUGUUUCUAUCAUUAUAAAUUGUAAUAAAAACUGUAAUGUAUUACCGUAUUUUUCUCUAGAUAGGUAUAAGAUACUACUGCCAAAGUAACAUUUUGUGUAAAGCAAUUGCAUUUUGUAGAAAAUGAAUUAACAUUUCGAUUCAUGCAUUUAAUUAAGCAUUUGUCUUUAAUUAAAAUUACAUUGCAUUCAGAUCAUUAAUGUUAAAAAAUAUUUUUGUAGUUCCUCAAUAAGAUAUUAGUUAUUGUAUUUGCUUUAUGUCUCAAUAUUGCUAGUCCUUUUUCAUUUACUUAUUACUCUUUGUUUAGGACUUCAACAUAUUAGUAGUUAUUCAACAUUGUUAUUUAUUCUGGUAGUGAAUUGUUGAGAAGAUCAUUAAAAUUAUUAUAUCUGU